AUGUUAGUUUUGAGAGGGCUUUAUAAAGAGAGUGAUGUGAAAUGCAAGAGUGAGCUUCGCGUUAAUAGAAGAACUUUCAAUAUUAUUUGUGAGAUGCUUAGAGACAUUGGUGGUUUGAGUGGAACAAAAAACAUGUCACUUCAAGAGAUCGUAGCCAUGUUUUUAUACACGUUGGCUCACCACAAGAAGAAUAGGUCUAUUGGACAAUAUUUCUUUAGAAGUGGAGAAACCGUGAGCCGACAAUUUCACCUUUGUCUAAGGGCUCUUCUCAAAUUACACGAAGUAUUACUUUACAAUCCCACACCAAUAUUAGAUGAUUGUGAAGAUGAAAGGUGGAAAUUUUUCAAGAAUUGUUUAGGGGCAUUAGAUGGGACUUACAUUAAUGUAAAUGUGCCUUCACAAGAACGACCAAAAUAUAGAACAAGAAAAGGAACAAUUGCUAUGAAUGUAUUGGGUGUUUGUGCACCCAAUUUGCAAUUUAUUUAUGUUCUUCCUGGUUGGGAAGGUUCGGCCCAUGAUAUGCGUGUACUUUGCAAUGCUCUCUCUAGACCAAACGGUUUUAGGGUACCUCGAGGUAAUUAUUAUUUGGUUGAUGCGGGAUAUACGAAUUGUGAGGGUUUUCUUGCUCCAUAUAGAGGUCAAAGAUACCAUUUAAAAGAAUGGACGGAUCGACAACCCGAAAGUGCCGAGGAGUUCUAUAACAUGAAACAUGCUAGGGCGCGAAAUGUGAUUGAGAGAUGUUUUGGCCUACUUAAAGGAAGAUGGAGUAUUCUUAGAAGUCCUUCAUUUUUCCCUAUAAGAACUCAUGGACGUAUCGUGAUGGCUUGUUGCUUAUUGCAUAAUCUAAUUAGAAAAUUCAUGCCUACGGAUGAUAUAAACGAAGAUGAAUUGAAUGAAUCCGAUGAUGAUUCCGAAAGUGAUUCCGAUGAUGAAAGGGAAUUUAUUACAAGUGUUGCUACUUCGGAUCAUUGGACCAAUUUUAGAAACAAAUUAGCCCAAGAUAUGAUGGAGGCUAGCAAUCGAGGAAGAGGUAAAAAUAAAAGGUAUUGGACGUAUGAAGAAGAUGCGGUUCUAAUAAGAUAUUUGCAUGAGUUGAGUUGCGAUCCGAAGUGGAAGUGUGAUAAUGGGUUUAAGAAUGGUUACAUGAAUAAGUUGGAAGAGAUGAUCAAUGGUGUACUUCCUAAUUGUGGCUUGAGAGCAGUUCCCCACAUUGAGUCGAGGAUCAAGCAUUGGUCGGAGAAAUAUAGUGCAUUUGCAGAAAUGCUAUCCACCUAG